UUUGCUUUAGUUUUCGUUUUGCACAUUUUGUGUUAUUUGUUGCCAGAGAAAGACCCAUUCUGGAUUUUCUAAUAAUUUAUAAACAAUUUGUUAUUGAUUUUAUAUUUUCCUAUUCAGAACUUUUGCUGUUACGGAACAUAAGAUUGAAUUGAUUCAACAUGGGGAAGCGAAAAACCUCAGCACCUCAGCGCGUGAAUGAUGAAAAGCGACAGUUCAUGACCUGGAACAUGAUAGAUGGCGCUACAUCGUCAGGUUCACUUUCUGUAAUCAGUGAUGAUGACCCCGUGUUGUUGCGUGAGUUGGAUAGCAGUACACACAAUACACUAAGUGAUGACAGUAAGAAAGACGAUAAACUGAGUAAAAUUGAUAACAACAAGACAGAUCACACUAACAGCUGCAGUGAUACAGGUGUGUCUGAGACACCUGAUCUAGACAUAUUCAACAGGUAUCUGGAGAACUGUUUAUACUGUGUUACCAUUGUAAACAAACUGAGUACGAAAAAAGGCGAAUGGUAUUGUGAAAUUGGACGAUUCAAUGUCUGCUUGAUAUCGGACUCGAGCUGUGUUGCUGUUCCACUGGACGGCUUGCCACAGUGUACAGAGUCUUGGCUGUACGUCGCAGAGCAUGGUGACAAGAGUAUGCUGUACUAUGAAUUAACGGGAUGCAUGGAUGACGUGAAGUGUGGUGGUAGGAAAUCCAGUAACCGGGCUAGGUCUGUGUUUUGGUGUGUGGAGAUUCAUCUCACUCUGCCGUGUCUCGAGGGUCUGCAGGUGAAAGGUUUUCAGGUUGUGCAAGGAGAGUAUAAUGGAAGGACCCAGUCUGUAGAGUUGAUCAUCUAUGCCAGGGAGAGCAUGCUAUCACAGCUCAAGUUUCCCAGUGAACCUGUACGACUGAGGAAGUCUAACUUAGCACUGCAAGAGUUAAUGAAACACUUCUAUGGCUUUUCACCUGCAUUUUGCUUCGAUGGACUGACCUCGACCAAAAAACAUGACAUUGAACAUAUCUACACAGCAGUUAUGGAAAGACAACUCCAGCGAGAAGUCUGUAGCGAGGUUGAUGUCCAACAUCCGAGUUUGAAGCCGUUCCUACGGCAAUAUCAGCGUCAGUCUGUACGCUGGAUGUUACAUCAGGAGCAGUAUAGACAUGUAGAAGAAAACAAGAACUUAGGCUUACAUCAACUUUAUGAAGAAGUAACCAUGAAAGACGGGAAAACACUGUACUACAAUAAACAUUCUGGAUGCCUUGUCUUGAAGCGCCCACUGAGGAGGGACUGGCGACCGGGUGGUAUUCUAGGGGAUGAGAUGGGGCUUGGUAAAACUGUCGAGGUGUUGUGCUGUAUGAUGCUGCAUCGCCGGCAGCAGACACCUCGGCCUGAAUGUCUGCCGACACUACGAGAUGAAGAGAGAUUUGAUCUUGAAGAAAUGGAUGAGGUUGAAGAUCGGCCAGCAAAUGUUUGUGAUGACCAAUCUAUGAAUAGCAAAAGCAAUGAAAUUCUCCACGAUAACAGCUCUGCUACUGUGAAUGAUGACAACAGUGAAAUUGCCAAACCGAUAACCCCUGAGAAUGUGGUGCAAACUGUAGAGCAGUCUGUUCCAGACAUUAACACACACAGUGAAACUGUUGGGUGUGUUUUCACCGAACACAGAAAUGUAACACCAAAAGUAGUAAAUCAAACAGGAUAUGUUCUUUCUGGGAACAGCAACACAAUACCAACAGAAGCCAUGGAUCCUAUAGGAUAUGUUCAUUCUGGUAACAGCAACACAAUACCAACAGAAGCCAUGGAUCCUAUAGGAUAUGUUCAUUCUGGUAACAGCAACACAAUACCAACAGAAGUCGUAGAUCCUAUAGGAUAUGUUCAUUCUGGUAACAGCAACACAAUACCAACAAAAGCCGUAGAUCCUAUAGGAUAUGUUCAUUCUGAGAACAGCAAUGCAAUACAAACUCAUGCCAUAGAUCCUAUAGGAUAUGUUUAUUCUGAGGACAGAAACAUGAUAACAGAAGAUCCUGAUAAACAUGUUCACAUUGAGGAGAAUACUAUACAACUAGAAGCAGUAGAUUCUACUGGAUGUGUUCUCACACAAGAAGAAGUGGAGGAAGGUGUGAACAAUUGGGGUCAGGAUUCUGAUCAGGAUUCACAGUGUCAAAUCACAACUGAUGUCAUCCCUGCUACAGUGUCCACACACUGUACAGACCACUUGGCACCUUGUUGUCAAGACCAGACAGCAUCCAGUUCAGUAACCAGCUCAUCUGAGAAACACCAGGCAGCUCAAACCAGUUUGUCUCAGGAACACUCAGAAGUUAAGAAACAAACAAGAUGUGUUGGGUUUGCUGAUAAUAAUCCGGUAUCUCUGUCUUGUGUCUCUGUUGGUGAGAGAAGGACCAAUGAGGCCUGUCUUCUAGUAGCUGACUCUACUGAGACAGAAGAUACUUCAUCUUCCUUUGAUGAUCCUGUUAAGGAAGAUUCUCCUGGAACUGGUGAAAGUAUUAAAUGUGUACAGACAGCUUCAAAUGAUUCUUCUGCUAAUAAAUCAAGUCAUUCAACUGGUAGUCCUGCGUGUGUUGCUGUAUCAGAUCAAUCAUCUGGUAGUCCUGGUUGUGUUGCUGAAUCAUGUCUAUCAUCUGGUAGUCCUGUGUAUGUUCCUGAAUUAGGUCAUUCAUCUGGUAGUCCUGAGUGUGUUACUAAAUUGGAUAUUUUAUCUGGUAGCCCUGUGUGUGUUGCUGAAUCUGAUCAUUCACCUGGUAGCCCUGUGUGUGUUCCUGAAUUAGUUAAUUCAUCUGGUAGUCCUGUGUGUGCUGUUGAAUCUGAUCAUUCAUCUGGUAGUCCUGUUUGUGUUACUGAAUCAGGUUAUUCAUCUGGUAGUCCUGCAUGUGUUGAAUUAGGUAGUUUGAUAAGUAUUGCUAAAUCAGUAUCUGAAAGCUCUGUCUGUGAUAAUACUGACUCUGACAAGUAUGAACCAUGUAGUCCAGCAGGUUGUGACAAGAAACUUGAUGUUCCACGUGCUGAAGAGAAGUUCAACACUUUCUGUAAUAACAAAAUAGUCAAACAGACUGAGUCAGAUUCACGUGGUGAUUGUGAUGACAACAAAGAUAUUUCAUUAAAGGUUUGUCCACAACAGAAUCCCAGUCUCUGUGACAAGUCUGAAUAUUCCAUCAAAAAGCAUUCAGGUGUUGCUGACAAGAGCUGUGUAGUUGAGAACCUAGCCAAAGCUCGUAACAAUUUGUUCAGUGACUCUCCGGUGAGCCAGAAAUCAUUCUUUGAAUGUAUCUGUGGUUCUAGAGACGGGGAAGACGGGCACCUGCUCAAGGUGCAGUGUGUCAUGUGUAGUCUCUGGCAGCAUGCCAGCUGCAUGAAGUAUGACCUCAACAACCCAUACCGGGGCCAGUACAUGUGUCCACACUGUCACGUCAUUUCUUCACCGAUUGUAUCCGGGGCAACUCUGAUCAUCUCACCCGCCUCCAUCAGCCACCAGUGGGAAGAGGAAAUAGCAAAACACAUCAGGAAGGAAUCACUCAAAGUGUUUGUGUACACAGGUGUUAACAAACUGGGGUAUAUCCAGCCCCAGACUCUCGCCAGCUACGACAUUGUCAUCACCAUGUACGAAACACUGCGCAGAGAGAUGGACUAUGUGGACCUUCCACACAGCAACAGUGACACUGGUCGGCGUUUUCGACAUCCAAAACGCUUUAUGGCAAUACCAAGUCCGAUCAUUUCAGUAGAGUGGUGGAGAAUUUGUUUGGAUGAAGCUCAAAUGGUGGAAUGUACCACAACAAAGACUGCGGAAAUGGCAUUGCGACUGACAGCUGUCAACAGAUGGUGUGUCACUGGGACUCCAAUACAGAAGAGUGUUGAAGAUUUGUAUGGUUUGAUACUGUUUCUUGGAAUGGACCCCUACUGGGUACAUCAGUGGUGGAAAAAGCUUCUCUUAGAACCAUUCUGUUAUGGUAUUUCCUCCCCAAUGUAUGACACACUGAGUCGGGUUCUGUGGCGAACUGCAAAGAAAGAUGUUUUAGAUCAGAUAGAUCUGCCCAGUCAGACGGAACAAGUCCACUGGUUGACGUUUUCACCAGUCGAAGAUCAUUUUUAUCGUCGACAGUUCCAGGAAUGUGUGAAGAUAUCGGUGCAGAAUCUAAGCAAAUGGUCCGACAGCUCUUUGAGACUAAGCAGUCUGGAUCGACACACAAUGAGUCAGUUGCUGAAUCCUCUGUUGAAGCUGAGACAGGCUUGCUGUCACCCUCAAGCGGUUCGUGGUGAGUUCCUGCCCCUGCACAAGAGCACGUUAACCAUGGAAGAGCUUCUUGAGUCCCUCACAAAGAAAGUGCGAGUGGAGUGUGAGGAGGCACACCGACAGCUGGUGGCUGCUCUUAAUGGCCUGGCAGCCAUACACAUCAUCAAAGAGGAGUACGUGGAUGCUGUAGAGAAGUACAGAGAUGUGUUGCGCUCUGUGGAGGAACACAAGAAGGAACUGCGGACCGACGACCUACAACAGCUGCACGCCAUGCACAACCUACACGAGCUGCUGACCCUGAAACCUGGCGGAGUCGACCCAACGCUCCGAGAUGACCAGCUUCUACAACAGGCACAAGAACUAAGAGAGAAGUACAUGCUCAAGGUUGGCUCUAAGGUUGAGAGUGCCAUGGAGAACCUGCUACCCGUGCAAGCGAAUGUGCGAGAACUGCAGUCCGAGUUUUCUGAUGGCAGUGACUGGUGGAAUGAGGUACUAGACUGGGUGAAAAGUCACCACUUGGAGGAAGUAUUGAUUGAGAGGAUUCGAGAAGAUCUGUCUGAGACUCACGAAGUGAACAGUCUCAUAUACAGGUUUCGAGAUCUCCACGGUUUGGAGUACGUUCUUUAUUCUCAACUGACAGCUUUGGAAUCUUCUCACAAAAAACUGACAUCACAUGUUCUGCAGAUCAGCGAUAAACCGUCCCAGGAAACUGUAAACCAAACUGUGGAGUGCUGCUUGCGACCGGACGCUGACAUUCUCAAGACCUGUCCAUUCUGUCAAGUUGAUGAGCUUUUCAAUGAAUACGAAAGCAAAUUGUUCUCCUUUGUGGAGCGUGGUUUGAUGACGGUGGCGGAUGGGGACGACACUCACUAUCAGGUGAACACCCGGCGCCAGGGCACGUGGGCAGACAGUGAGCUCGAGAGAGUUGUCAAAACCAUCUACAACUUCGCCAGAAUACACAGAUUACCAGCAGAAUUCAAAGAAAUGUUAGAAUUUGGUAAUACUCAUAUCAAGUUGUUUGACACACUCAAGAAGGAAUUUAAGCAUCUCCGAGCAGUUUGGCUGGCAGCACGAGAGCAGGUUUCUUCUCUAGAUGAGCUGGACAUGGCGACCACCAGACUGAGGGUGAGGUUAGCCGAUGAACCUGUCUCUGAAAUACCUCAACCUCAUGUGCUGGAGAAAGGACAGGUUGACCUUCAGAGAAUGAAACUGAUCGGCGAAAAGGCCACAGGAAGUAGUGAUCUCAGAAAGAGGCUCGGUCAGCUCUUCUAUCUUGAGAAUCUGGCGAAGGCUCAGCUGGAUACUGAGGGAGAUGGGAUGAAUCCAGAACCAUGUCCGAUCUGUCAGCGAGAACUUGGAGCAGAGUGGAGUGUGCUCCAGUGUGGUCACUGUUUCUGUUUGGUGUGUAUCCGUAUCAUGGUGGAUAACUUCAGUGUGGGGGGUCGGCGUCGUGCCAUCAAGUGUGCUCUGUGUCGGAACAGCACCCACUACGGAGAGAUCUCAUAUGUGAGCACCAAGAAGAACCAACAGACCGAGAGCGAUGUGUGUGUCAAGGGCAGUCAUUCUACAAAGGUGGAAGCAGUUGUCAAGUGUCUGUUGGAGAUUCACAAGACAGACUCUCAAGCUAAAGCUCUCGUCUUCUCCGUGUGGCAGGAUGUUCUAGGAAUCAUUGAACAAGCUCUGACAGAAAACAACAUCUCAUGUGUCUCAUUACACACACCGGGAAAAUUCCAGAAAAAUCUGACAUCAUUUCGCGAGAAUGACAUCACAGCGUUGUUGCUGCCCAUCCACUCUGGUUCUAAUGGUCUCAAUCUGAUUGAGGCGACGCAUGUCCUGCUAGUUGAACCCAUUCUGAACCCUGCUCAGGAGCUACAGGCCAUCGGGCGCGUUCACAGGAUCGGACAAACCAGACCAACUAAAAUCCACCAUUUCCUUGUGCGAGGGACGAUUGAGGAGCGCAUCAACACGAUGCUGAAGUCGAUGUCCAAGUCAUCUGACGUCCAUGACACCCACGAGGUGGCCUUGACAAUUGGACAGUUGACGUCUCUGUUUCAGGAGGUCACAGCCGAUGACCAUGUGGAAGAUGAAGCUAUCAGUCUGGGAUAGAUUGUAGACUUUGCAAUAUUUGUAUUUUUCACUGUUACAUUUUUGUGUCUGGUAUAUGAUUAAAAUUAAUAACAAAUAAAUGCAACGUUUGUGCUGUUAUACGAUUUACUUUGAUGGAAUAAUAUCAGUACGAAGCUGAAUAGAAUGUUAUCUUUUGAUAAAAGGCAGAAAAUCAAGUCAUUGUGGAAAAUGGAAUCAUGGCAAGGAUGAGAGAACAUGAUGUAUGUGUAUUUUGAACUAUGUGAUUUUAAUAUAAAAAUAGUUUUUCAAUUUUAAAACCUUUAUCAAUGUAAAUCAGUCAAAAAUAAAUUAUUUUGCUAUGCUACACAAUUUUAUACAAUUUGUAAUCUGUAACAAAAUCAUGUGCCACUCUAAUAUUCCACAGACUUUGAGACCGUUUUUCCAAAAAUGGAAAAUAAUGAUUUAAUUUUAAAAAGCAAGUUAAAUGACGAGGGCCCUGUUCCACAAAGCAAUCUUAGCAGCUAAGAUCGGUUCAUGAAAUGGGGCCCAGAUGUAUAUAUAGGUUAUCUAGAAAAUUAGUAUAUAUAUAACUCUUUUGUUCUUUGUUUCUUGUUGAUGUAACUUGAGAUAACUGUAUGUUAUAUGUACAUCAGAAACUUGAAAACAUUCAAUUUGAUGCUCUUUGCACAGUUUGUAGUGCUAUUAAUUAUUAUAUUAAUAAAUUGUUUCAGGAAACCAGUUAUAUUCCUUUGAUUAUUGAAAAAACAAUUUAUGUCUGGACUCUGCAAGGGCAUCACUUCAGUUGAUCUUUCUAAACAUUUUCAUAUGUUGUGAUUCCUUCUUCCCAGCUGCUUUAGAAAAGAGACUACACUAUGUUGUUAUUCACAGGAAAAUACCAGAAUCCACUUAUUUAAUGAAUUCCAAUUAAUUCACAUCAGUAAACAUUUUAGAGCCCACUAAUGUUAUUUCUUGUAAAAAUAAAUUUGUUAGUAUUUACAUAAAAUACUGUUAUGACUUGUGACAUGUAUGUUUGUUUUACAUAUGUAAAUAAAAUCUUCUAUUUAAUGUA